CACCGACCAAAGCAAAAGAGUUUACUUGCAGAGCAGAGAGCAGGGUUUAAUAAUUCCACCAUAAAGCUUCAAGUAAUAUGGUAACAAUCGUGUUGAUAUACAAGGUACCGAGAGCCCAACAAACCUAGAAAAAUACACCCACAAUCUUGCCAAGAAGUUUCACCAGAAAAAUAGUUCUUCUUCCUCCACGUUGUCAGCCGAAAGCCCCCGCAGAGAUGGAAUUGCAAAUAAGAUAGAAGGAAAAGAGAUGCCUUUGUGCUUCGGAGGGAUUCUUCUCAUCAAUCCCACGGCCGCCUCUAUUUUCUCUAUCUUUGUCCUUAAGAUUUGCACAACUACUGGAAGAAGAAGAAGGUGGUGAUCAAAUGAAAAAAAAUAGAAAGUGGAAUGGACCCAACCUGAUUUCGGUAGCUCGAGGACGGAGUGGAGGCAGGCCAUUUCGGCAGCAAGAGAAAAUUCAGUUUGGUCGACAGGCGAUUUCAGCAAGAGAAAACGCGGUUUGGCUUUAGCCAUUUGUUUUUUAAUUUUUUUUAAUUUUAUUAAAUCACUAAAUCAGUAGCUGCCACGUCUAAAAAGUCAUUCCCAAUCCCAUACACGGGCUCAUUGUCAAACUUAUUUCCGAGAUUGAAAUCAAUCUUUAGAAGUUUAGGACAACAUCGGGCUUGAUCCUUAGAUAGUGACGUGGCGCAAGAUCAUUCGUAGAUGGAAAAAGGAAAUAGCGAGAAAUGCUGGGCAAGGAAGCGUAGGGUAAUUGUCGGUCGACGCUGGGUUUUCUUCCUCGUGCCGGAAUAUAAGUUGCUUUUUUCCUACAAAAAUAAAGGAGAACAGGUCCCUCUUUGACAAAUGUCAAUUACCAUUGUUUAAGGAAAAGCUCAGUUGGAGUGGGGACCACCGCUGCACACCUCAAAUGUGUAACAUUCUACCCUCUCAGCCAAACCAGAUCUGUUGCUUUGCAAGAAAAUCUUUUCCUCGGAAGAAUAGUCAAAAGUCUCUGCCUUUCUUUCCCAGUUUUCCUAUUGCUUCCCAAACACCCAAAGAAUUAGGGGGGAGUAGCCCAUCAAUGAUUGUACCUUCAUCCAUGCUGAUAUAACCAAACUAUAUAGAUAAGAGAGAGAGAGAGAGAGAGAGAGAGAGAGAGAUGGGGCUGGUGGGUGAUGAGGAAAAUGGGAAUGGAGAGGGGCUGGUGGAGAUUCCUAUUGGAAGCAAAAACAAGUAUAAGAGGAUGAAUACUGAUGGCACAGAAGAGGAUGUGGUAUUUUCCAAUGAAAGUAUAUCAAUUAGGAAAAAUACCACCCGGAACUUUGUGUUCGUCUGUGCCAUCUUUGUCUCCCUCAAUUCCGUGCUCCUUGGAUACGAUGUUGGCGUUAUGAGUGGAGCAAUUUUAUUCAUUCAGGAGGAUCUGAAGAUAACAGAGGUACAAGAAGAAGUCCUUGUUGGAAUCUUAAGCAUAAUAUCGUUGUUGGGUAGUUUGGCUGGUGGAAAAACAUCAGAUGCCAUUGGCAGAAAAUGGACAAUUGCCUUUGCAGCCAUUGUCUUUCAAACAGGUGCUGCUGUAAUGACUCUUGCUCCGAAUUUUAGAGUUCUGAUUGUUGGCAGAAUCUUGGCUGGGGUAGGGAUUGGCUUCGGGGUCAUGAUUGCUCCUGUAUACAUUGCCGAGAUAUCACCUGCCGUUGCUAGAGGAUCUCUUACCUCCUUCCCCGAGAUAUUUAUAAAUCUAGGAAUCCUUCUUGGAUACGUGUCAAACUAUGCCUUUUCAGGACUGCCCACUCAUAUAAGCUGGAGGAUCAUGCUUGGUGUGGGAAUUCUUCCCUCCGUUUUUAUUGGGUUUGCCCUGUUUGUGAUCCCUGAAUCUCCAAGGUGGCUAGUUAUGCAGAACAGGAUUGAGGAAGCAAGAGCCGUGCUGUUAAAAACAAAUGAGAGUGAAAGAGAAGUGGAAGAAAGAUUGGCAGAAAUACAGGUAGCCGCUGGGAUGUUUAAUGCUGAGAAGUAUGAAGCAAAAUCUGUCUGGCGUGAAAUACUAAAACCUUCUCCUCCAGUCCGACGGAUGCUAAUUGCUGGAUGUGGAAUCCAAUGUUUCCAACAGAUUACAGGUAUUGAUGCAACUGUUUAUUAUAGCCCCACAAUCUUCAAAGACGCUGGAAUUAAAGGCAAUACACAGCUCCUUGCAGCAACUGUUGCUGUUGGGUUUACCAAAACAUUGUUCAUCUUGAUAGCCAUAUUUCUUAUUGACAAAGUGGGGAGAAAGCCUUUGCUUUACAUAAGCACAAUCGGAAUGACUACUUGCUUGUUUUGUCUAAGCCUUACUCUGGCUGUAUUGGGGAAGGAAAAAAUGGGGAUCGGAUUGGCAAUUUUAGCAGUUUGUGGGAAUGUAGCUUUCUUCUCGGUAGGGAUUGGCCCGAUUUGUUGGGUAUUGUCAUCUGAAGUUUUCCCUCUAAGGCUUAGAGCCCAAGCAUCAGCCCUUGGGGCAGUCGGUAGUAGAGUCAGUAGUGGCUUGAUUGCUAUGUCUUUCCUCUCAGUUUCUCGGGCAAUUACGGUGGCUGGAACCUUUUUUGUUUUCUCUAUACUUUCAGCUCUCUCUGUUGCUUUUGUCUAUACAUGCGUUCCUGAAACAAAAGGGAAGUCUUUGGAGCAAAUUGAACUGGUCUUUCAAAACGAGGGAGAAGCGAGAGGAUGUAAGAUGGAAAUGGGAGAUGCAGAGCGUCUGGUCCAGAGAGAAUGAGUGGCUUCAUGCCUGAUUGCUAAACCACUAAACCACAAUCUCCCAAGAAAAGGCUUGUAAUUCUAGAACCCCUUCAGCCAGUUGGAGGUGUUUCAAAUCCACCGUGAAAUAUACCAAGUUCAUAUCAUAUAAGAUUCUUCUAAAAUUCGAAGAUGGUACCUUUUGAGAAAUCCAAGAUCUCUCGGACAAGAGCUAUUACACACAUAAAGGAAGCAUAAAGGAGUGAAUACUUCUCCUCUUAGAGUACAAUGUUAGUUCUUUGGACCAAUGUGCCUGAAAAGAUUUUUUAGAUUAAUAUGUACAUUUCCUCGUGGAUGAUUCUUUCAUUUUACAUUCCUGUGGACUGUGUGGGAGAUUGACCCUGGGAGCAGAUUCAAGUAACUAGUAAGAACAGUGUAUCUAGACUUAUAAUUGAGGUCUUGACUUUGAAUAUGCCUUCCAUAAUUGUUUCUCUGUGUAUCCGAGAAAACGUAGGAAACGGAAGAAGAAAUUUGAUUAAAUAUUUUUUAUGGUCAA